GGAGUAUGAAAACAAAUAGAGGGGCUAAAAUCAAAUAACAAGAAAGAAACGCUUCUGCCGUGUUCGAAAGUUUAUGUGUGUCCUCGUGAUCAUCUCCGUAUAUAAUCAAUCAAUCAAUAAAAAUCCAGAGUUACACACUCCUACAAUUUUCCAAUCGCUCCCAUUAAUUUUGCGAUUUUUUCUUUUAAUUCUACCUUUUUUUUUUUUUUUUUUUCUGGUUGGCAUAUUUAUUUUUCCCUUUUAAAAAAAUUCCGCAACUUGUCUUGAAAUCUGGGGUAAAAAUUUCUGCAAUUGGUUUCUGGAAAUCUCGGGGAACGAUUUGUGGAUUUUCUUUAUACUCUCUCCUCACAUUAGCUUUGGUUGGAUUUUCUGAGGACAUUUCUCCAUGGUGAUUGCUGCAGCUGUCAUCGUGCCUUUGGGCCUUCUCUUCUUCAUAUCUGGUCUCGUUGUCAAUCUCUUUCAGGCAGUUUGCUAUGUCCUCAUUCGGCCACUGUCUAAGAACACAUACAGAAAAAUUAACCGGGUGGUUGCAGAAACCUUGUGGUUGGAGCUUGUAUGGAUAGUUGACUGGUGGGCUGGAGUUAAGAUCCAAGUGUUUGCUGAUAAUGAUACCUUCAAUCGAAUGGGCAAAGAACACGCUCUUGUCGUUUGUAAUCACCGAAGUGAUAUUGAUUGGCUUGUGGGAUGGGUUCUGGCUCAGCGGUCAGGUUGCCUGGGAAGCGCAUUAGCUGUAAUGAAGAAGUCUUCCAAAUUCCUUCCAGUCAUAGGUUGGUCAAUGUGGUUCUCGGAGUAUCUGUUUCUGGAAAGAAAUUGGGCCAAGGAUGAAAGCACUCUAAAGUCAGGUCUUCAGCGCUUGAGCGACUUCCCUCGACCUUUCUGGUUAGCUCUUUUUGUGGAGGGAACUCGAUUUACAGAGGCUAAACUUAAAGCCGCACAAGAGUAUGCAGCCUCCUCUGAAUUGCCUAUCCCUCGAAAUGUGUUGAUUCCUCGCACCAAAGGUUUUGUGUCAGCUGUUAGUAAUAUGCGCUCGUUUGUCCCAGCCAUUUAUGAUAUGACAGUGACUAUUCCAAAAACUUCUCCACCACCCACGAUGCUAAGACUAUUCAAAGGACAACCUUCUGUGGUGCAUGUUCACAUCAAGUGUCACUCAAUGAAAGACUUGCCUGAAUCAGAUGACGCAAUUGCACAGUGGUGCAGAGAUCAGUUUGUGGCUAAGGAUGCUCUGUUAGACAAACACAUAGCUGCAGACACUUUCCCCGGUCAACAAGAACAGAACAUUGGCCGUCCCAUAAAGUCCCUGGCGGUGGUUGUAUCAUGGGCAUGCGUACUAACUCUUGGAGCAAUAAAGUUCCUACACUGGGCACAACUCUUUUCCUCAUGGAAAGGUAUCACACUAUCAGCGGUCGGUCUAGGUAUCAUCACUCUCUGUAUGCAGAUCCUGAUACGCUCGUCUCAGUCAGAGCGUUCGACCCCAGCUAAAGUCGUUCCAGCCAAGCCAAAAGAACAUAACCACUCAGAACCAGAACCAUCCUCCCAAACAGAAAUGGAGAAGCAGGAGUAAAAGCUGGUUCUCACAGAUCAAACAUCAAACACAAGAAGAAGCAAGCGCAUGUCAGUUUUGUUAUAAGAAACAUAAACCAAAAAAAAAAAAACAUCUCAAGUGAAAUCCCUUAAUAUUAUCAACUCCGUUUUGUUCAGCUACUAUGUAUUACUCUACUACGCAGCCUAUGUCUCUUAGUCGAUUGAUGUAUAGGGUCAUGAUCAAAUCAACGAUUUAAUCCCUAUAGACCUUGGGAUUUUUUUCUCAAGUGCAUAGGCCUUGUAUAACUUUCUAUUUUUAGAUUGGAAUUUGGGAUUGAUAUUAGACUUUCUAUCUUUAAAAA